AUCUCAGGUCUUUGACCAAUCUUUGAAAUGACAUUUGACAUUUAGAUUUCAAAGGGAUUUGUUGUUGCUUUGGAUUGGGAAUUAUGUAAAAGUCGCAUUUAUAAUAUUAGUAAGACUACCACCUCACUGAAGUCGUUUAUAUAUUGGACUAAAUGAUGUUACGUUUUGCAUUUUCAGCUUUUAGGGCAGUUCCCCUACGUCUCACUUACCCGAAUGCUGGUAAAAUCAUUUAUCAGAAUGUAAGGAAUUUCUCAGCUAUUAAUAUAAGAAACCAUUUUAUUACUACUGCCCCAACUAUCAAGGCAAGUUUAGUCAACAACAAAACAAUAUUAGAUUUAUCUUGUAAUUUAAAUCAUGUGCCAGCAAGAACUGUGACUAAAUUUAGUCUAAAUAAAGGUAAAAGGAAAACUGUAAAACCAGCAGUGAAAAGGUUUUUUAGACUCCAUUGGGGCGGUUGGAUAAGAACCAAAAUUGGUAGACACAAAAAAUUAUGGAGAAAAUCACAGCCGCAGAAAAGAAGAUUAAGACAGCAUGUCUUCUGUAAUUCCACACAAAGUACAUUACUUGACAAAAUGGUAACCAAGUUUUGGAAGAGACCUAAAUAUUAUGUUGAUGAUCCUUACGCACCUUAUCAUACAAGAGAAGAAUUUUAUAUAACUAGGAAAAAGCCUAGAUGCUAAGGAGUACUAAGAGUAUCUUUUGUAGUCAUGUAAUUCUUAUCUUGAUUUAUUUAAAAUAAACAUAAUAGUGUACAUUUUA